CCGUUAGUCAGGCCCGCCUCUCCGCAGGCUCCGCCCCCGUAGCCCCGCCCUCCCUGUUUCUGGACUGCCUUCCAGCGCAGCAUGAGCCGCUGAGAGCUGGUCAGCGGGCGCCUAGAAAUGGACCAAUUUUGACAAGAUGUAGUGCGGUAGCACUCCUGGUUGGACAUGUUCAGUCAUGGCAUCCGAACUCUGUAAGACGAUCUCUGUGGCCAGGCUUGAAAAGCACAAGAAUUUGUUCUUAAAUUACAGGAACCUGCACCAUUUUCCACUGGAGUUACUGAAAGAUGAGGGGCUGCAGCACCUGGAGAGGCUCUACAUGAAAAGGAACUCCCUCACAACCUUGCCAGAAAACCUUGCUCAGAAGCUUCCAAACCUUGUGGAACUGUACCUUCACUCGAAUAACAUAGUUGUGGUUCCAGAAGCCAUCGGGUCCCUUGUGAAACUCCAGUGUCUGGAUCUCAGUGACAAUGCCUUAGAGAUCGUUUGCCCAGAGAUUGGUCGUCUGAGAGCGUUACGUCAUCUUCGAUUGGCUAAUAACCAGCUACAAUUCCUACCUCCAGAGGUUGGCGAUUUGAAGGAGCUGCAGACACUAGACAUUUCUACCAACCGUUUGCUAGCUUUACCCGAGAGGCUUCACCUGUGCCUUUCUCUGCAGUACCUCACUGUGGACCGCAAUCGGCUCUGGUGUGUGCCGCGUCAUCUCUGCCAGCUGCCCAGCCUCAAUGAGCUCUCCAUGGCUGGAAACCGUCUUGCAUCUUUGCCAGUUGACUUAGGUCGCUCUCGAGAACUGCAGUAUGUGUAUGUGGAUAACAACGUCAACCUGAAAGGCCUGCCCUCAUACCUCUACAACAAAGUCAUCGGCUGCAACGGCUGUGGCAUCCCCAUCCAGUUGUCAGAGGUGAGACUGCUGACCUUCUCAUCUGGGGAGCUGACCGUGUUCCUCCCAGCAGAGGUGAAGGCAAUAGGCACAGAGAAGGAUCACGUCCUACCGCUGCAAGAGCUGACCAUGCGCAGUCUCCACCGCACCUACCAUGGGCUUUGGAAAGAUCUGAACUUUUUGUCUCCAAUCUCAUUACCCAAAAGUCUCCUGGAGCUGCUGCACUGCCCCCUGGGGCACUGUCACCGGUGUAGUGAGCCCAUGUUUACCUUUGUCUACCCUAAGCUCUUCCCCUUGAGAGAGACGCCAAUGGCAGGCCUGCACCAGAGGAGGACAAGUAUUGGCUUCGUGGCCUACUGCUGCUCCGCCCAGUGUCUGCGGACUUUUAACCUGCUGUGUUGACAAACACUCGGAGCCUUAGGAGCACUGCCAGCUCAGCCACUGCAGCUGCCUGCCAUCGCCCAGUGUGCGGCCGCCGGGCCAGGAGAGUCCAGCAAGGCAGGACAGACCCUUCCUGUCCUGUCCAGAGGAGAGGCAUGCUGAACUCUCUGGAAAUGUCUUGAUUGGCCUUCACCUUUCCCUCAAGUUGGAAUAUAUCCUGCCCCAAAUUAAGGACGUUUUGUCUUCUGUGUCUUUCUUUUUAUGUGAGAGUGUCUCAUAUAUAAACUUAGCCAGAUGAGCUUCCCCCCAUCUAAUUUAAAGCAAGCUGCAGUUCCCUAAAGAACUCUUAAUCUGAUAAUAGAACCAAAUUAACUGUUGGAUGACAUACCUUUGGUGAUGAUCCUCUGCCUUUCCCCAGAGGAUGAUUUUCCCUUGAGAUUAUUCUCUGUAGCUUCCGCAUUGGAAACUUGUCAGCUUCUAGAGUCUCUGCAGCCCCUAUGGCCUCAGCAGCCAGCACAGCAGGAGAGGGAGCCGGGGCUGGCACAGUCAGGCUCCUGCAGAGGGACAGCUGGCUCCAGAGCACACCCUCUGGAAAGUUCCUGUCUUAUUUCUAAGUUUUGCAACCUAUGAAGACAUUUUUUGAGAGAGAUUUAAAAACAAAAAUGUAAUUAAAUAUACUUUUGUUCUAAACUACUACUACAGAAAAAGACAUUUUGAAAUGUCUGAGAUUUUCUUAGCAAAAUUGGAAACGUUGAGGCUUCUAAUCCUCUGCUUAGUGGGGCUUAGUGGUAUUUACCUGGUACCACCAAUGAAAUUGCCUUCAUUUUCUCAGACUUCUCCCUAGGGAAACAAGGAAUGAACGGGUCCACAUGAGUUUCCUUUGCCAGAGAGAUGAGCUCUCUGGGGGACAUCUGAUUUGCUCUCCUUUGAAGGGAUGCUGCUGUAAUCUGCUUUACUUUCAGGAGUCCGUUAGCUUGCUGUGGAGUGAGUGCUGCUUUUGGGGGUGAAAGUUCUAUGUUUACUGCUAUGAUUUAUGUAAGACAAGACUGAAAGGAGAAUCAAGAAGGGUUACUAGGUGGAAAAACUAUUUUCCAAAACUUUGGUUGGUGACAUUUUGUUAGCCAGCCUAACUGUAAUUCUAGGUUCUAACCGUGCCAAAAAUCCUACAUAGUUACUGACAAGUGUGUGAUCUCUUUGCAGUCACACCACCUGCUGCCCGAAAAGCAGUCUCUCCAAGUAAUGGCAGAGGCAGAAAGCGGCCAUGCAUGCCAUGGUUGCCACUGUCCCUACUUCUUCCUGUCCCUUUCACAACUUCUCUGUUCAGCCUUAAUAUUUCAAAGGCCUACAGUAUAAUAGGAACUGAGCAUCUGGAUCAAACGUACCUCUUCUGUCAUCCUUCGGAAUAAUGGAAGUUUCAGCACAACCCUACAUGUACAUAAGCUGGAAGCAGGAAAAUGUGACCUGACACUUCACAUAUGUGUUUGACUUAAAGGAACGUCAGUGAAAUACAGGGCUGCGUCUUUGUUUCACCCUCGACCAUCUUAUGUCUUAAGUGGAGCUGUGAAAUGUCACCCUGAUACUCAGGAAUUCUCAAUGAGAGGUGUGGGAUACUUUUGUUCUAACUUGUUUAAAUUCUUAAUAAAGUGUUUACACUCC